UCCUGGCUGGCACGACGACAAAGCAGCGAGCGACAGCGAGCGACCACUCGACCACCGUGCCGACAAUGCGGCUUGGUCUUUUAAUUUUAGUUUUAGUUUUUGAUCCAAGGAUCCUUUGGUUUUAGACUUUAGAAGACAAAAUCAACUACGACGAACUCAGCCUUGUGUCCAACGAACCAACGGUCGAAUAACUUUCAAUAGUACUGUGCCUAUGCUGAAGACAAACUUGCAAUGAAAGAUGUGGUACAAAAGGCAAAUCCUCGCUGAAAUACGCGCGUAUACUUGCCUCAGUGAAGAAGAAGACGCAAAAGUUGAACCUGUUCAGGCAUAUAUAACACAGUCUUUUAUCAGAGAGAAAAAAUAUCGUCGGUGUUUGGGAUAUUUGUCUGACAACGACAAGGGAGACCAGACUGAACUAGACUGUGGCAAUAAAGAACAGUCAACAGCUGCUGACGGAACAACACUUCAGUCUCAAGGGGACAAGUUGUCAGCCACUUUGUCUUCUGUUGAUUUGAAUGGUUGCAAAAAAAACUUUUGUGACAAAAACAUUGGUGCAGAAGCUUUCGUGCAUUCUGAUGAAAAUGUUUGUAUAAAGGGUGAACCUAACUCGGAAAUUCAGAAAGAAAGUGAGAGUCUCUAUGAAGAAGGGUUCGAUUCCAGCUCGUUAUUAAUGGAAUCCAUGGGGCUGCCCACUAAUUUUGGGCGCCAAAAAAAGAAAUCGAGGAAAAAGCGGAAACUGACUGAGAAACAGAUUCGUGCAAAAUUUUCCGAACUGUGGGAUGAACAUGGGGAGCUCCUAGUGUACAAAUCAUUUGUGUCUAUAUAUCCGGCCUAUGCAGGGUACUAUGAUCAGAUUGCGGGUUCGAUUCCGCCCUGUGAAGAGGUUGAGAUUUCAUGUUCAGAUAAUGUCAAUGAGCCCAAUAAUGCUGGUGAUCUGAAAGAUGGGGACAGUGGACUGGAAGUAUUUGGUGGGGCAAAUUCUCACUCUGUUAUCUCGGAGAAAGAGGGUCAAGUGGUAGGGGAUAUUGUUGAAGAGAAAGAAACAGGAAACGUGACUGAUGGCGGAGACUCCUCUGUUGCUCACAUAGUGAGUUCAGGAGAGGAAAUCGUUUCCUGCAGUGAUGAUAAGGGCUUUGUCAGAAAAGACGAAAAUCUUCAUAAGGAUGUCUCUGCACACGAGUCUGAAAUGACAGAUGCUGAAAGUUGUAGGCUUACUGAUGAACCCGGUGAUCAAAGUCAGUCACGUGCUCCUGGUGGUAGGUGUUCUUACAGCGAGCAUUCUUACAGCGAGCAUUCCUAUAAUGAGCAUUCUUACAGUGAGCAUUCUUAUAACGCUGCUGAAGGUGUCAGGCAGUCUGGUGCUGACCAAGAACACUGCAGUCAGGAAGAUUAUGGUGCUGGGGAGGAGAAUGAAAGCUAUCAGUACAGUCCUGAGGAGUUAAUUGGAAUGCUUCAAGGGACUCACGAGGACUUAAAAAAUCAGAUUUACUGGCACGCGAAGGAAACGAUUAGCGAGUGGUACAGAGAAAAUCCCCAUGUGGACUUUGACAUUUCCUCUCUGGACGAGGAUGUGAUGGCCAUAGCGUAUCCGUAUAUGGAUCAGCAGCAGCAGUGGGAGGGGGAGGGUGAGGAGGGAGAAGAGGACUGGCAGGGGGAGGAGGAAGACGACGAGUAUCAAGGGCACUCUGGGAACCUCUAUGCUGAGGAGAAGGAUGAAGACCUCUUGGAUGAAAAUGGACAUCAAAGAAAUUGUACUUUCACAGAAACAUUGGAACUUUUAGGACUAGCUGUAGAGAACGAUCCGGACAUAAGAAAUACAAGGAAAAGGAAACUAGUGCACGGCACUGUGAUCUACAAACGCAAAAAUAUCCUGAAGGAAGGGAAGCGUUUGCGUUUAGACAACGGACAGGUGACGAAAGAACCUACUCACACUUUUUUCGACGACGAAGGAAAUGCUAUUAGUGUUAAAAAUAAUAACAGUGAAAAAGAAGAAGAACCCAAGAAACCUCAGCACAUCAUUUUUCCAGAUAGUGAUCAGGAAGAGGACGAAGGACCACUCAGUAUGCCCAUCAGGCACUUUUCCUCUAGUCCUGGGAGCAAGUUCUCCACUCAGCACACAGACUCCACCAACAAUCGGUCUAAAAGAAGUUGGCGGAGAGAGGAGUUCGUUUUUGACGAAUUUGGCAUCAUGCAUGUCAAGGGAGAGAACGGCUCCAGGCCAACGACCGGCCAUAGGUUCAGAGGGGACCUGGGAUUUAUCCCGUCUGCGAUGGAUGCAUUCUUUAAUCGCCCAAAACCAAGGAGUCGUAGCUUUGACGAGAUUACCAGGACGAGGAAACCAGGGUUGUCUCAGGAUCUUCUGGGCCUGUCAUCUUUUGUGUCCAGGAACGUGUACAAGGCCGGUGUACGCAAAGCCUGGAGGUCUGCAGACGACAUUGUCACCUAUGAGACAUCUGUUGUUCUGAAAGGGGACGAGGAAAAGGCGCAUCGUUCCAAGCAGGAGUUCAGGAGGCCCCCGGGCCUGUCGCCGGAAGAGUAUAGAAUUCGAGAAAAUAAAUACUUCAGCAGAAGAUUUGAGCUCUUCUCACUCUAUGAUAAAGGGAUCCAGCUUGAUGACGAGAGUUGGUACUCAGUGACCCCAGAGGCUAUUGCUGCAUACACAGCUCUGCGAUGUAAGGGCAAGACAGUCAUUGAUGGGUUCUGUGGGGCUGGGGGCAAUUCCAUUCAGUUUGCCAAGCACGGAUGUCGAGUGAUCAGCAUUGACAUUGAUCCGAAAAAGAUUGACAUGGCCAAAAACAACGCUAGGAUUUAUGGUGUGCUGGACCAGAUUGAGUUCCACUGCGGGGAUUUUUUUGAGGAGGCGCUACAGUUCAAGGAUGAGGCGGAGAUUGUUUUCCUAAGUCCACCCUGGGGAGGGCCAAAUUAUAAGGCCUCAAAGGUUUUUCCAAUGGAGGACAUGCAGGCCACACGGUUGUUGUCGAUUUCACGGGCCAUAACGGAGAAUAUUAUUUUCUUCCUGCCAAGGAACUGUAGUGUUGAAGAGAUUUUUUCGCAUGCAGGUUCAAACAAGAAAGUCGAGGUGGAAAAGAACUUCAUGGGCCGCUGUUUGAAAGCCUUGACUGCUUACUACGGCGACCUCGUGAUGCCACAAAACUGGGGAGAACCUCAGGCUUCGAAAGGGACAAGCAGAUGUCGAUAACUUCAACACACGGCACGUGACAUUAAGAUUAAAAGUAAAAACCAGCAGUGUUUGAUAGUUCUGCAUAUUUCGAUUUAUUAAUUAAGUUUUCAUCCGCUGAAGUAAACUACUGAAUAGCUUCAUUUACCCAGUUACUGUCCAUCAGUAGAAGGCUGCUAAACUGAUUAGACUGUGUCAACUACUGAUUUAUGUUUUAUAUUCUAAUAGUUAUAAAGCAAAGAAAACCUUGUGGCUACAAGUGAUGUGUUCUGAAGUAUAAUCUUAAUGCCUGAAUAUAAUGAUACAAUGGUAGAAUGUGUUCACAGCAGGAACAAUGAGAUUUUUAUCCUAUAGAUGAUCACAGCUAAAAGCAUACAUUAGUAAAAUGAUUUUUUUUAAAUGACCGUUUCUGAACAUGCAGAUUUUUAUUCCAGUUUGAUGAAGCUAAUUCACAACCUUUAGUCCAUUGUAAUGUUGUGAGAUAAUUUCCAUAGGAAUUUAGAUUUUGAUAAUGUAUUGGGCUUUUUACUCGAGUUUGAUCAAAGAAAGUUGCCAGUCUGACACUCUUAGUAUAAUCGAAGACAAAAUUCCCAGGAAUAGUUUAAAAUGGAUGUUCUUUAGGAUUGUGUGUGCUCCUGACUGAGAAAGAAAAUACAAAGUAC